UAACGCCGUGACUCGUUGUGGGACAUUGCCACAGAUGCUGUCCACCUAAUACCUCACAUAUCUAUUCUCGCACACUUCCAGUAAGCUCGCACUUGCUUAGCGACACAGAUCUUUAUCACUAGGCAUGCGGGCCACAAGUGGCGCGAGGAUGCUUCGGGCUGGAGCAGCCGGACCUCGCGUGCUAUCGUCGCUGAUUGCGCGCGGCUGUGCUGAUUCAAAGCCUGUGCUAACACGGGGUCUGUUGAGCGGCAACGUGGGCGGUGUCGUGCGGGGAUGGCCGACACAAACCGGAGGCCUGGCCUCGUUGUCCCCAGUGCGGGCUCGUGCGGCCGCCCGCAUGUGUGUGCUGGCAGCUCACCUGGGCGCUGAGGGCUCGGCCCCCGCGGACGUCCCGGGCACCGGCACCACUGGCGCCACCGCCGCGGCUCCCGCCGCCCCCUCCGCCCCCGCCGGCAGCGGCCUGCCCCUGAGCAGUGCGGUGGGCGGCGCCGCCAUCCGCGCGGGUGGCGGCUACAAACUACCGCCGCCCGAGAUCGCCGCCAUUGUGGACGCCCCAGCGCAGCCAGCUCUCAGCUACUCGCCGGACCGCAAGCUGUUCCUGCAACUGGACCGGCCGCCCAGCCUGCCCCCCAUCUACGAGAUGGCCCGCCCCGAGCUGAAGCUGGCGGGGGUGCGGCUGGACCCGGAGCUGUACGCCCGCAGCAAGAUGAGCUACUACACAGGCAUCUCCAUCGUGCCCUCCACCGAGGUGGUACCGGCCGCCGCCGACAGGUGCCGCCACGUGACCGGCUACCCGCCCGGCUCAUGGCUCAACUACGUAUCGUGGAGCCCUGACGGCACCAAGAUCGCCUUCACGGUGCGCAGCCCCGGCGGCCCCGGCGACCCGCCCCGGCGCCCUCUGGAGCUGUGGCUGGCCGACCCCGCCACCGGCGCCUGCCGCCCCGCCCUACCCGCCCCCGGCCCCGGCGCCCCCGGCCCUCUGGGCCUAGGCUACCGCGCCCUCAACACCGUGUUCGACGACUACGCCUGGCUGGAUGACGACACACUGGUUGCGGCGGUGCUGCCGGCCGGCCUCAGCCCGCCGCCCGCCAAGCCGCCGCUGCCGCCCGGGCCCAAGGUGCAGGACAACACGGCGGGCAAGAAGAUCCAGAACAGGACCUGGCCCGACCUACUCAAGGACGAGCACGACGUGGCGCUGUGGGAGCACUACGGCACCAGCGAGCUGCUGCGGCUGGACACACGCACCGGGCAGGCGGUGGUCAUCGGGCCGCCGCGCAUGUACAUCGAGGUCGACCCCUCCCCCGACGGCCGCUACCUGCUGGUGAGCUGGCUGGAGCGGCCCUGGAGCACAGCCCUGCCCGCGGGCCGGUUCGCACGCCGCACACAGCUGUGGACCCGGGACGGCUCACUGGUCCGGGAGCUGGCGGCGUUGCCCCUGGCUGAGGACAUCCCCAUCGCCUUCAACAGCUGCAGAGCCGGGCCGCGCGGCAUCAGCUGGCGGGACGAUGCGCCGUGUGAGAUGUACUGGAUGGAGGCGCAGGACGGCGGCGACCCGGCCGUGGAGGUGUCGCCUCGUGAUGUUGUGUUCGGACUCAGUGCGCAGGCGGCGGCGGCGGACCCGGCCGCGGCGCCGCGCCGCAUCGCGCAGACCGACCUGCGCUGCGGCGGCGUGGCGUGGUGCGACGGCGACCUGGCCAUUCUGUUUGAGAGCUGGUACAAGUCGCGGCGCAGUGUGUGGUGGCGCUUCGCACCCGACCGGCCCGAGCAGCCCAAGGAGGUCGUGUUCGACCGCAACUACGAGGACGUGUACGGCGACCCCGGCUCGCCCCUCACCCGCCGCACGCAGUGGGGCACAUACGCCAUCGCGCGCAUCACCCCCGACCCAGCCACUCUGGAGGCACUGCAGCAGGCGGCGGACGACACCGAGGCAGCCGAGGCGGCGGCGGAGGCGGCGGCGGCAGCGACCGCACUGAGCGCCUCAAGUGGCGGAUCGGACGCCGAGGCCGCCACCCCCACCGCAAACGGCAGCCCCGCCGCCGCCGCUGCUCCCGCUCCCGCUCCUGCCUCCGCCACCAAGCGUGUGACUCGCGCGGGUCUGGCUAGCGGCACCGGCACAUGGCUGCUGAUGAGCGGCAGCGGCGCCAGCCCCGAGGGCAACAAGCCCUUCCUCGACCUCUUCCACCUGGAGAGCGGUGAGACGCACCGGCUGUGGCAGUCCCGGCCGCCCUACUACGAGACCAGCGGCUCCAUCAUGAGCGACACAGACCCGCACCAGCCCAUCACCCUAGAGGGUCUGUCCAUGAUGUUUGGGCGCGAGAGCUCCACCGACCCGCCCCAGACCCACCUGCGCACGCUCACGGACGCCGGCCGCAGCUGGCAGGAGCGCCAGGUCACCAACUUCCCGCACCCCUACCCGCAGCUGCGCGAGCUGCAGCGCGAGGUGCUCCGCUACCCGCGCAGUGACGGCGUGAUGCUGACCGCCACCCUGUACACGCCGCCCGGCUACAACCCCAAGACACACGGCCCGCUGCCCUGCAUCGUGUGGGCCUACCCCCGCGAGUUCAAAACCAAGGAGGCUGCCGGCCAGAUGCGGCGCAGUCCGCACCAGUUCACCUCCAUCGGCUCCACCAGCCCCACCCUGUGGCUGACGCGCGGGUACGCCGUGCUGGACGGACCCACACUGCCCAUAGUGGCGGACGUCAAGGAGGAGAGCGAGGGCAGCGCCAGCACCGGCCCCGCACCCGAGCCCAACGAUACAUUCAUUGAGCAGCUCACGGACAGCGCGCGGGCGGCUGUGACCGAGGUGGUGAAGCGCGGCGUGGCUGACCCGGCCCGUGUGUCGGUGGGCGGCCACAGCUACGGCGCCUUCAUGACCGCCAACCUGGUGGCACACGCCCCGGACCUGUUCGCGGCGGGCAUUGCUCGGACUGGCGCCUACAACCGCACCCUGACGCCCUUUGGGUUCCAGAACGAGGAGCGCACGCUGUGGCAGGCGCCCGACGUGUACAACCGCAUGUCGCCAUUCAUGGCCGCCGACAAGAUCACCAAGCCGCUGCUGCUGGUGCACGGCGAGGACGACAACAACCCCGGCACCUUCCCGCUGCAGAGCGAGCGCUUCUACCAGGCUCUCAAGGGCCACGGCGCCGCCUGCCGGCUGGUGCUGCUGCCGCACGAGGGCCACGGCUACCGCGCCUACGAGUCCAUCAUGCACUGCCUCUACGAGCAGGACCAGUGGAUCGAGCGCUACGCGGGGUACGGGCGGCUGGACCCGGGCUACGUGACGGAGGACAGCGCCGGCCCGGACGGCUCGGCCAGCGAGUGAGCUGUAUGGAGCAGCGAGGCGGCGAGCGGGCUGAGGGGUCGCCAAAGCGUUGCGUAACGAGUGAGCGGACAGCAAGAGCCGGCAAGAGAGCUGCAUGAGUGCGAGUGCGAGUCGUCGGACUGCUCACAAGCGCGAGCCGGGGACCGAACGCUGGAGGAUUUGGUGCGGUGCCCUAGUGGAUGAGCUCUAUAUUUCAAUUUUUAAGCGUUUAGGAGCCCAAGGGAGUGUUGGUAGACUGAGUGCUUGUGGAGCACGGGGCACCGGCAGUCUAGCGGUGUGCUGCCAGGGCAGCACCACCCAUCGCGUGGACCUGGCUGCACCUGCUGAUGCUGCAAGGGCGUGGCUCAACCCAGGCCUAUGUAACGCCAGGCACGG